AUGCUCAUCGUGAGCUACGACAAGCUGCAGGACCUGCUCCAGCGGAACAUCCCGGCGAGAUUAAGGAAGGUGGCGCUUUAUGGGCCCAUCGUCGUGGCGCUGCUGGGACUCGUGGGCGCUUACGCCUUCGGGAGCUGCAGGGACAGCAGGCACGUCUUCUUCUACUUCAACUCGGCAGCCUUCGUGGCGUCCCUAGUCAUCACGGUGAUGCUGCAGAGCGAACGCCUGGUUAGACGCCACGCGCUGGAGGCGGCCAUGAUACUGGAUCUGUUUGGCCUCAUAGGCGCAUACGCUGCCGGAAGUGCCAGGGACACAACCACCUCCAUUUACACGGUUGCCAUGGCUGGUGUUGUCCUCAUCUACGUGGUGAUCCACAUCGUCUUCUUCACUCUAGACAGCACGCCUCCUGCAGGCAGCAGUACGACGACCAAUGAAGAAGGAGGCAGCUGGUUGAAGAAGAAGCGUGAUGUGCUGCUGUUGCUUUCAGUCUUGGGCGCAACGCUCGCGUACCAAGCCGGCUUGACACCUCCAGGCGGCUUCUGGGAGGAGGAUGACAAGUCUGGGCACCACCGAGCCGGCUUCCCGGUGCUCCUGGACAAGUACCCUAUCCGUUACAAGAUAUUCUACUACUUCAACGCGGCAAGCUUCAUGGCUUCCGUCGCCCUCAUUGUCCUCCUCCUCAAUCCAAAUCUGUACAAGCCUGGCAUAGAGUGCUAUGCGCUCUACGUCUGCAUGGUUGCCGGCAUGCUCGGCCUCAUGGGUGCCUACUCUGCUGGAAGCUCCAUGCAUCUGCGAACCUCCAUCGUCGUGUUGGCACUGGCUUCUGCAUUGACUAUUGCAUCUUUUGCGGUUGCAAUCUAUGUGAGAUGCAUCCGGAGUAAGGGUGAAGCCAAGAAGAAGGAACAAGACAACAAGGAGAAGAAGAAUGGACAAGAGGAUACCAUGAUCAUGUUCCUCAUGCUGGUAGGAAUACUGGGUGCGAGCGUGACGUACCUGACGGGUCUGAAACCACCUUGUGGCAUGUGGAGGGACGACGCAAACGGGCACUCGGCCGCUGGCUACCCGGUCCUCUAUGACACCAACAAGCGGAGGUACAAUGUUUUCUUCUACAACAACUCCACCUCCUUCAUGGCGUCCAUCGCCAUCAUCGCCUCUCGCUGCCUUCACGGAUGA